AUGUUGCCUAGAUACGAGCAACCAAUUGACAAUCCACAGACUCACAUAAAUUCAUCGGAUAAUAAUAUAAAUACAGGAUUUUUAAAUAAUGGUAUAAAUUCAGCAUCACUGGGAAAUACAAAUUCACAAUCAUUGGAUAUAGAUCCACAACUUACUAUAAAUCCACAAUGGUUGAAUAUAAAUCCACUACCACAGGAUAAUAAUACAAAUACAGGAUUUUUAAAUAAUAGUAUAAAUUCAACAUCACAGGAUAAUAAUAUAAACAUACUAGAUUUUACUGAAUCUCCACAACAGACUCACACAGAUCUACAAUGGAUGAAUAAUAAUAAUAUAAAUCCACUACCACAGGAUAAUAAUACAAAUACAGGAUUUUUAAAUAAUA